AUGCAAAAAUCAUUUGUCGAAAAGACUGUUUCUUCUUUCACUCCGAAUGAAUUUAGAAAAUUAAUUCGUUCCGGAGAGUUUCGAUCCAUUACUUCUGGUUAUUGUGAAGGAUAUAUUCAAGCGAAUUUAGUCAUUCUUCCACAAAAAUUUGCGGAUGAAUUUGAGCAAUUUUGUAAGCUCAAUCAUGCUCCAUGUCCUGUUCUUGAAAAAUUGCAGCCUGGAGAAAUUAAACCAAAAUUACUGAUUCAUGAGGAAAAUGAAUGUGACAUUAGAAAGGAUAUUCCAAAAUAUCGGGUUUACAAGAAUGGUGUCUUUGUUGAGGAAACUAGUGAUGUCAGUAAUUAUUGGAGAGAUGAUUUAGUCACUUUUUUGAUUGGAUGUAGUUUUUCGUUUGAGAGAGCAUUGCAACAGAAUGGCAUUGAAGUGCGAAACAUCACAGAAAAGAAAAACGUGUCCAUGUAUAAUACGAAUAUGAUUUGCAAAACGAGUAGCGAAUUUAAAUACCUUAAUCGAAAACCUAUUCCAAUGGUGGUUUCCAUGAGACCCAUCCCAAAAGAUAAGGUUGAUUUGGCAGUGAAAAUUACAGAACAAUUCACGACUACCCAUGGAGGACCAGUGCAUUGUGGGGAUCCAAAUGAAAUUGGUAUUUCAGAUUUGAAUCGAGUAGAUUAUGGUGAAAGCGUCACUAUUCAUGAAGGGGAAAUUCCCUGCUUUUGGGCCUGUGGUGUUACUAGUUCAAUUGCAGCACUAUCUAUACAGGAGGCAGAUCUUUGUAUUACACAUGCACCAGGAAAUAUGUUCAUUUCUGACUUGAAAGAGCCAACAAUUGUCCCAAUGGUACUCCAGUGUCAUUAUUGUUGA